AUGGGAACAGAGAAUGCAACAGUGCUGACACAGUUUGUUCUCACCGGACUCACUCAUCUGCCACAAUGGAAAAUCCCCCUCUUCCUGAUGUUCUUGGUGAUCUAUCUCAUCACCAUUGUGGGGAACCUUGGUCUCAUCACUCUCAUCUGGAAUGACCCUGACCUUCACAUCCCCAUGUACCUGUUUCUAGGGAGUUUAGCAUUUGUGGAUACCUGGUUGUCAUCCACAGUAACACCAAAGAUGCUAUUUGACUUUUUUGCCAAGAGUAAACUGAUCUCUCUCUCAGAAUGCAUGACACAGUUUUUUUCGUUUGGAAUCAGUGCAACCACAGAAUGUUUUCUCUUGGCAGCAAUGGCCUAUGAUCGCUACAUAGCCAUAUGCAAACCUUUACACUACCCAGUGAUCAUGACAAACAGACUCUGUGUACGUCUGCUAACACUGUCCUUUGUGGGUGGGUUUAUACAUGUUUUGCUUCAUGAAAGUUUUUUAUUCAGACUAACUUUCUGUAAUUCCAACAUAAUACAUCACUUUUACUGUGAUGUUAUGCCACUAUUGAAGAUUUCCUGUACUGACCCUUCUCUUAAUUACUUAAUGCUUUUUAUUUUCUCUGGAUCAAUUCAGGUAUUUAGUAUUUUGACUAUUCUUGUCUCGUAUACACUUGUUUUGUUUUCAAUCUUAAAGCAGAAAUCUCUCAAAGGCAUAAAGAAAGCCUUUUCCACAUGUGGAGCCCAUCUCUUGUCUGUAUCUUUAUACUAUGGCUCUUUACUUUUUAUGUAUGUUCGUCCUGCAUCUUCACAAGUAGAUGAUCAAGAUAUGAUGGACUCUAUAUUUUACACUGUUGUAAUUCCUGUGCUAAAUCCAAUUAUCUACAGUUUAAGAAAUAAUCAAGUAAAAAAUUCGCUAGUGAAAUUCUUAAAGAGAAAUGCUUAG